GUGACGUCAUGUUUUCGCUUCACCCCAGUUUAUGAGCAGCUCUUUACAAACGGGCCCCGGUGUCUCUCCCCGGUUUGGAGCCUCUAAAAAUACCCGGAGGUGUCACCGUGGCUGCGGAGCCCGCGGCCCUGCGCGGGCGGUGAUGGGGGGGUCCGGCCUGUCCCCGCCCCGCUGCCCCGCCGCCACCCAAUGAGCUGCGGCCCCCGUAUCUGUGUCGGAGUUGAGGAUGCCCUGGCUGCAGUUGUAUAUGGUCAUGGAGGGGGCAUUCCAGGCAGUCCAGCACAGUGACGCCGAGCUUUUUAAACCUCUUAUCCACUUGUGCUCCACCCGCAGUCCCGACUCUCUGCAGGCCGCCGUCUGCGCGUCUUUACCCGGGCACAGGAGCGAGUCUGUCCGGAGGAGAUAAAAACUUCUUUUCUUUACUUUUCCUUUCUGCUCCUGUCUCCUUCCUUCACAUUUGAUCCUUCUCUGAGCUCAUGACUCAGCCGGACUGGAUUAACUGAGUGUGGAUCUGCUCUCUGACCGGAGCGCACGCUUUCACUCAGACUUUGGUGAAGUGUGUCACUCCCAGCAGGCUCUGCGCUGCCCCUGCCGCUCCUCUCAUUCUUCUCCUUUUCUCUUUUUUUCUGCCUUUUCUUCUCUUCCCACUCCGUGCUAUAAAAGGGGGGCACCAUGAUGAGCAACAGCAGCUACUUGGAGCCGCAGCUGCCGCCGCAGCUCUACCAGAGCACCGCGGACAUCGGCGAGGAGGAGGAGGAGAUGCCGGCCACCGAGAAGGACCUGGCCGAGGACGCUCCGUGGAAGAAGAUCCAGCAGAACACCUUCACCAGGUGGUGCAACGAGCACCUGAAGGUCAUCAACAAGCGGAUCAACGACCUGCAGAAGGACCUGAGCGACGGGCUGAAGCUGAUCGGGCUGCUGGAGGUGCUGAGCCAGAAGAAGAUGUACAGAAAGUAUCACUCCAGGCCCAACUUCAGACAGAUGAAGCUGGAGAACGUCUCUGUGGCGCUGGAGUUUCUGGAGAGGGAACACAUCAGGCUGGUCUCCAUCGACUCGAAAGCCAUCGUGGACGGGAACCUGAAACUGAUCCUGGGUCUGAUCUGGACCCUGAUCCUGCACUACUCCAUCUCCAUGCCCAUGUGGGAGGACGAGGACGACGAAGACGCCAAGAAACUGACCCCCAAACAGCGUCUGCUGGGCUGGAUCCAAAACAAGGUGCCCCAGCUCCCCAUCACCAACUUCCACCGAGACUGGAGGGACGGGAAGGCACUGGGAGCACUGGUGGACAACUGUGCGCCUGGUCUGUGUCCAGACUGGGAAACAUGGGAUCCCAGUCAGCCGGUGGAGAACGCCAGAGAGGCCAUGCAGCAGGCUGACGACUGGCUCGGAGUGCCGCAGGUGAUCGCUCCAGAGGAGAUCGUGGAUCCCAACGUGGACGAGCACUCUGUGAUGACCUACCUGUCUCAGUUCCCCAAAUCUAAACUGAAGCCCGGCGCCCCCCUGAGGGCGAAGACGCUGCACCCCAAGAGGGCCAAGGCCUACGGGCCAGGUCUGGAGCCUCGAGGGAACGUGGUCCUGAAACCAGCAGAGUUCCUGGUGGAGACGGUGGAGGCCGGACUGGGUGAAGUCCUGGUUUAUGUGGAGGAUCCAGAGGGACACACAGAGGAGGCCCGAGUCAUCCCAAACAACGACAAGAACAGAAGCUACUCGGUGGUCUACCUGCCCAAAGUGGAGGGGCUUCAUAAAGUGAAGGUGCUGUUCGCUGGGCAGGAUAUCGACAGAAGUCCCUUCAUGGUGAACGUCUCCAAGGCGAUGGGCGACCCAACCAGAGUUCAGGCCCGCGGGCCGGGGCUGCAGCCGACAGGAAACGUGGCCAACAAACCGACGUACUUUGACAUUUACACUGCAGGGGCGGGAGCUGGAGACGUGGGCGUCAUCAUUGUGGAUUCAAACGGUCGAAGGGAUACAGUAGAGAUUGUGUUGGAGAACAAAGGAGACAGUAUUUUCCGCUGCACCUAUGUUCCCGUCCUGGAGGGACCUCACACCGUCUACGUGACCUUUGCAGGGCAGCAGAUUCCCAGAAGUCCUUUCACUGUCAACAUCUCAGAGGCCUGUAACCCGAAUGCCUGCAGAGCGUCGGGCCGAGGUCUGCAGCCGAAGGGUCUGAGGGUGAAGGAAGUGGCUGAUUUCAAAGUUUACACUAAAGGAGCCGGCAGCGGAGAGCUCAAAGUCACUGUGAAGGGACCAAAGGGCUUGGAGGAGCCGGUGAAGGUUCUGGAGAUGGAAAACGGGAUAUUCGAGUGUAAUUAUUACCCCAUCAUGAUGGGAAAAUACAUCGUUACCAUCACCUGGGGAGGACACAGCAUCCCACGCAGUCCAUUCGAGGUCCAGGUGAGUGAGGAGGCGGGGCCUCAGAAGGUGAGGGCCUGGGGUCCUGGUCUGGAGACGGGUAUGGUGGGGAAGAGCGCUGACUUUGUGGUGGAGGCCAUCGGCACGGAGGUGGGAACACUCGGUUUCUCCAUUGAGGGUCCGUCUCAGGCGAAGAUCGAGUGCGAUGAUAAAGGUGACGGGUCAUGUGACGUUCGAUACUGGCCGACUGAACCGGGUGACUACGCUGUGCACGUGAUCUGUGACGACGAGGACAUUAAGGACAGCCCCUUCAUGGCUCACAUCCUUCCUGCUGCCAACGACGUCUUCCCAGAAAACGUGAAAUGUUACGGUCCAGGUCUGGAGCCGCUCGGCUGCAUCGUCAACAAACCUGCUGACUUCACCAUCGAUACCCACGGAGCCGGCAGAGGAGAGCUGAAGCUCUACGCUCAGGACGCGGAGGGUUUCCCCAUCGACAUCCAGAUCACAGAUAACGGAGACAGCACCUUCUUCUGUGUUUACAUUCCCACAAAACCCAUCAAACACACCAUCAUCGUCACCUGGGGCGAAGUCAACGUUCCCAACAGCCCCUUCAGGGUGACAAUAGGAGAAGGCAGCCAUCCAGAGAACGUGAAGGUUUACGGUCCAGGUGUGGAGAAGACGGGACUGAAGGCCAACGAGCCAACGUACUUCACUGUGGACUGCAGCGAGGCUGGACAGGGUGACGUCAGCAUUGGGAUCAAGUGUGCCCCAGGCGUGGUCGGUCCUGCAGAGGCUGACAUCGACUUUGACAUCAUCAAGAACGACAACGACACGUUCACAGUGAAGUACAUGCCUCCAGGCGCCGGUCAGUACACCAUCAUGGUGCUGUUCGCUGAUCAGGAAAUACCCAUCAGCCCCUUCAGAAUAAAGGUGGAUCCUUCCCAUGAUGCGGCUAAAGUCCGAGCAGAAGGACCUGGACUCCACAAGACAGGAGUCGAGGUGGGGAAACCGACUCACUUCACCAUUUACACAAAGGGAGCCGGUAAAGCCCAGCCUGAGGUUCAUUUCACUGCAGCAGCUAAAGGCGAAGCCGUCAGAGACUUCGAGAUCAUCGACAACCACGACUACUCCUACACCGUCCGCUACACCGCCGUCCAGCAGGGGAGCAUGUCCAUCACUGUGUGUCACGGAGGAGACCCCAUCCCUAAGAGUCCCUUCAACAUCAGCGUGGCCCCCCCGCUGGACCUCAACAAGGUCAAAGUUCAGGGUUUGAACAACAAGGUGGAUGUUGGGAAGGACGAGGAGUUCACCGUCUCUACUCGAGAUGCAGGAGGUCAGGGCAAACUUGACGUCAAGAUCACCUCCCCGUCCCGUCGACCAAUCCCCUGCAAGCUGGAGACAGGCACAGCCAAUGAGGUGCACACAGUGAAGUACAUUCCCCCCGAGGAGGGACAGUACAGAGUGGACAUCAACUACGACGGAAACCCUGUACCAGGAAGUCCGUUCACUGUGGAGGGCGUCAUGCCACCCGACCCUUCAAAGGUCCGAGCCUAUGGUCCAGGUCUUCAAGGUGGUGUUGUGGGUAAACCAGCCCCCUUUGCCAUUGACACAAAGGGAGCCGGUACUGGUGGUCUGGGCCUGACGGUGGAGGGACCCUGUGAGGCCAAGAUCGAAUGCCAGGACAAUGGUGACGGAUCCUGCUCCGUGUCCUACCUGCCCACUGAGCCCGGCGAGUACGCCAUCAACAUCCUGUUUGCAGACCAGCACAUCCCUGGGUCCCCCUUCAAGGCUGUGGUCCAGUCGGUGUUUGACCCCAGCAAGGUGACGGCCAGUGGGCCCGGCCUGGAGCGAGGGAAAGUCAACGAGGAUGGAUCCUUCACGGUGGACUGCUCUAAAGCCGGAGAGGCCGAGCUCACCAUCGAGAUCAUCUCAGACUCUGGAGCCAAAGCUGAAGUUCACAUCCAAAACAACAGUGACGGAACCUACUCCAUCACCUACAUCCCAAAGUUCCACGGCAUGUACACCAUCACCAUCAAGUACGGAGGACACACAGUGCCCAAGUUCCCCACCCGACUACAGGUGGACCCAGCUGUCGACACCAGCGGGGUGAAGGUGCACGGACCAGGAGUGGAACCCAGAGGCGUCCUGAGAGAAGUGACCACACAUUUCAUCGUGGACGCCCGGGCGCACUACAAGAGCGGCGGCAGCCGAGUCAAAGCCUGCAUCUCCAACCCAUCAGGCGCCAACACAGACGCCUACAUCACCGACAAGGGAGACGGGACCUACAGAGUGGAGUACACGCCGUACGAGGACGGUUUGCAUCUGAUUGAGGUCUUGUUUGAUGACGUCUCGGUACCUAAGAGUCCCUUCAGGGUGUCGGUGACGGAGGGCUGUGAUCCCAGUCGAGUCCGAGCCUACGGUCCAGGUCUGGAGGAGGGACUGGUGAACAAACCGAACCGCUUCACCGUCGAGACCAGAGGUGCUGGCACCGGAGGUCUCGGCCUGGCCAUCGAGGGUCCAUCUGAGGCCAAGAUGUCGUGUAAGGACAACAAAGAUGGCAGCUGCAGUGUGGAGUACAUCCCCUUCACUCCUGGAGAGUAUGAUGUCAACAUCACCUUCGGAGGCCUUCCUAUCCCAGGGAGUCCAUUUCGGGUCCCAGUGCGAGAGCUGGUGGAUCCCAGUAAGGUGAAGUGCUCAGGUCCCGGACUGGGAAGUGGAGUGCGAGCACACGUCCCUCAGACGUUCACUGUGGACAGCAGUAAGGCUGGUGUGGCCCCGCUGGAGGUCCAGCUGUAUGGACCCACAGGCGUGGCUGAGCCGAUCAGCAUCACCGACAACGGCGACGGUACUCACACAGUCAACUACACUCCUGCCAACGACGGCCCGUACACGGUGUGUGUGAAGUACGCCGACCAGGAGGUCCCUCGCAGUCCGUUUAAGAUCAAGACGUUACCAGCUCACGACGCCAGUAAGGUCCGAGCCAGCGGUCCAGGUCUGAACGCAUCCGGAGUUCCGGCCAGUCUGCCUGUGGAGUUCACCAUCGAUGCCAGAGACGCCGGCGAGGGACUGCUCACUGUUCAGAUCCUGGAUCCGGAGGGAAAACCCAAGAAGGCGAACAUCCGGGACAACAGAGACGGGACGUACACGGUGUCCUACGUACCGGACAUGACGGGACGUUACACCAUCACCAUCAAAUACGGAGGAGACGAGAUCCCGUACUCACCCUACCGUAUCCACGCCCUGCCCACCGGAGACGCCAGCAAGUGUCUGGUCACAGUGUCGAUCGGAGGACACGGACUGGGAUCAGGUAUCGGCCCGACCAUCCAGAUCGGAGAGGAGACGAGGUUGUACCUUGUUCCCCGUCAGGCGAGUGAUACCGUCCCAAUAAUAGAGGAGCCAUGUGACAAGCUUCAGUUACAGCAGCCCUACUCGCCCUAUGUGGGCUUCUCCCCUCCAUGGGCCACCGAUGAUCCCAUCAGCCCCGUGGACGGCAUGGAGCCGGUGCUCCGCCCCUUCAGUCUGGUCAUUCCCUUCACUGUGCAGAAAGGAGAGAUCACAGGUGAAGUACGAAUGCCGUCUGGUCGAACCGCCGCUCCUCACAUCACCGACAACAAGGACGGCACCGUCACUGUGAAAUACUCCCCGACUGAACGAGGCCUGCACGAGAUGGACAUCAAAUAUGAUGGAAGCCACAUCCCAGGAAGUCCACUCCAGUUCUACGUUGAUGCCAUCAACAGUGGUCAUGUGACAGCAUACGGCCCCGGGCUGAGUCACGGCACGGUGAACAGACCGGCUACCUUCACCAUUGUCACUAAAGACGCCGGAGAAGGCGGUCUGUCUCUGGCUGUGGAGGGUCCGUCUAAAGCAGAGAUCAGCUGUAAAGACAACAAAGACGGGACCUGUACCGUGUCCUACCUGCCCACCGCACCUGGAGACUACAACAUCAUCGUCAAGUUUGACGACAAACACAUCCCCGGCAGCCCCUUCACUGCCAAGAUCACCGGUGACGACUCCAUGAGAAUGUCUCAGCUUAACGUCGGCACGUCAACAGAUGUGUCCUUAAAGAUCAUGGAGACGGACCUGAGCAGCCUGAUGGCGAGCAUCAGAGCGCCGUCUGGAAACGAGGAGCCGUGUCUGCUGAAGAGGCUGCCCAACAGACACAUCGGGAUCUCCUUCACUCCGAAGGAAGUAGGCGAACACGUGGUGAGCGUGAAGAAGAACGGGAAACAUGUGACCAACAGCCCCUUUAAAAUCAUGGUGGGUCAGUCGGAGAUCGGAGAUGCCAGUAAGGUGAAGGUGUACGGUCAGGGGCUGGUGGAGGGACACACCUUCGAAGUGGCCGAGUUCAUCGUCGACACCAGGAAUGCAGGUUAUGGCGGUCUGGGCCUGUCCAUCGAGGGUCCCAGUAAGGUGGACAUUAACUGUGAGGACGUGGACGACGGGACGUGUAAAGUCACCUACUGUCCAACUGAGCCUGGAAACUACAUCAUCAACAUCAAGUUUGCCGAUCAACACGUUCCAGGAAGUCCGUUCACAGUGAAGGUGUUUGGUGAAGGCCGGAUGAAGGAGAGCAUCACCAGGAAGCGUCAAGCUCCCUCCAUCGCCACCGUGGGCAGCACCUGUGAUCUCAACCUCAAGAUACCAGGGAACUGGUUCCACAUGGUGUCGGCUCAGGAGCGUCUGACACGGACAUUCACCCGCAGCAGUCACACCUACACUCGCACCGAGCGGACAGAGAUCAGUAAGACCAGGGCAGGAGAGACCAAGAGGGAGGUGAGGGUGGAGGAGAGCACUCAGGUGGGAGACCCCUUCAGAGACGUGUUCGGAGACUUCCUGGGACGUGAGAGUCUUAGUGGAUUCAGUGGCACCCGACCGCCGCCACUGCAGGACGGUGAGGCAGGUAACCAGGAGAUGACGGCUCAGGUGACGAGUCCUGGAGGAAAGACAGAAGACGCAGAGAUCAUUAAAGGAGAGGACAGCACCUACAGCGUCCGCUUCAUCCCUCAGGAGAUGGGAGCUCACACUGUGAACGUUAAAUACCGGGGACAGCACGUCCCUGGGAGCCCCUUCCAGUUCACCGUGGGGCCCCUUGGAGAGGGAGGGGCCCACAAGGUCCGAGCAGGAGGGACCGGGCUAGACCGAGGAGUGGCGGGGAUCCCAGCUGAAUUCAGUAUCUGGACCAGAGAGGCCGGAGCAGGUGGUCUGUCCAUCGCUGUGGAGGGGCCGAGCAAGGCUGAGAUCACCUUUGAAGACAGGAAGGACGGAUCCUGUGGAGUCGCCUACGUGGUUCAGGAGCCUGGUGACUAUGAGGUUUCCAUUAAGUUUAACGAUGAACACAUCCCAGACUCUCCGUUCAUUGUGCCUAUCGCCACUCUGUCUGAUGACGCUCGCCGCCUCACCAUCACCAGCCUGCAGGAGAUGGGUCUGAAAGUCGGACAGGAGGCCUCCUUUGCUGUACAGCUGAACGGAGCCAGAGGGCUGAUAGAUGCGAAGAUCCACACGCCAUCAGGAGCCAUAGAGGAGUGUUACAUCACUGAGCUGGACAGCGACCAGCACGCCAUCAGGUUCAUCCCGAGGGAAAACGGAGUUCAUUCUAUUGACGUUCGUUUCAAUGGCAGCCACGUCCCUGGCAGCCCCUUCAAGAUCCGAGUGGGAGAACCAGGACAGGUCGGAGAUCCCGGUAUGGUGUCUGCCUUCGGACCGGGACUGGAGGGAGGAACCACAGGUGUGGCGUCGGAGUUUAUUGUGAACACCUGUAAUGCCGGCUCAGGAGCUCUAUCUGUGACCAUCGACGGGCCGUCGAAGGUGAAGAUGGACUGUCAGGAGUGCCCAGAGGGCUACAAGGUCUCCUACACACCCAUGGCUCCUGGUAACUACCUGAUCUCCAUCAAGUACGGAGGACCGCAGCACAUCGUAGGCAGCCCCUUCAAGGCCAAAGUCUCAGGCCCUCGUCUGUCCGGCGGCACCAGUCUGCACGAGACGUCGUCUGUUCUGGUGGAAACUGUCUCCAAGUCGUCGUCGUCAAUGGGAGGAGCCUUCGCCUCAUUACCCAAAUUCUCCUCAGACGCCAGUAAAGUCAUCUCCAGAGGCGCCGGCCUGUCGAAGGCCUUCAUAGGCCAGAAGAACACGUUCACAGUCGACUGCAGCAAAGCAGGCACCAACAUGUUGAUGGUUGGCGUUCACGGGCCGAAGACGCCCUGCGAGGAGGUGUACGUCAAACACAUGGGCAACAGGAUGUACAACGUCACGUACACCGUCAAAGAACAAGGCAGCUACAUCCUCAUCGUCAAAUGGGGGGACGAGAACGUCCCGGGCAGUCCCUUCCACGUCACCGUCCCUUAAAACUGAACUCUUCAUCUCGAUGUCUGUCACUCCGCUGCAGCUCCUCACCCUCCUCACCUUCCUCGCCCUCCUCACCUUCCUAACCCUGAUGCACUGAAGACGCAGAGACUAUUCACUUCCUGUUUGAGCAGACAGUUUUCUCUCCACGUGCCAAAGUUUAUAUUCAUUUCUUUCUUGUGUCUCUCGGAGACGCUCGCCGCCUGCAACACAACAGUUGUUUGUUGAACAUGAACACAACGUUUGCAGCCCGACACCAGCAGCAUUUAUAACUUUACACUGUGCUCAUUUGUGCUGUUGACCAAUCACAGUCCAGACCUUCGAAUGAAGAGACAAGAUGUCAGUACGAGACACAACCUACUGCCGACAAGAUAUCAACCUGUGCACAAAAAUAAUAUCUGAGAUGCAUCUUUUUUUAAGAACUUAAAUCUGACCUUUUUAAAGUUAUAUCUGGUUCUUGAUGUCGGCAUCUGGUUCACACCAUUUGUGCUACGUUCACGUGGAAUCAGACGAACCAGAGAUCAUGUUAGUGGACAACAGCAGGACGGGAAAUAAGCUGAGGACAGUAGAGAAUACUGGCGACAGUAACAGCGCUGUUUUCCAAAGUUGAAAUAUUAGUAUUUGUCGUCCUCCACAGCGGAGUUUGCAACUAGAUGUUACGUAGCUCCUUCAGACAGGGAGCAGUGUUGGGCUUGUUACUCUAAAAUUGUCAUAUAUCACUCGUUACUCUUUUCAAAAGGUUAUCAAAUUAAAUAAAGGGAUAGUGCAGCCAAAACUGAACAUUCAGCCAUUAUCUACUCACCCAUAUGCCGAGGGAGGCUCAGGUGAAGUUUUAGAGUCCUCACAUCACUUGCAGAGAUCCAAGGGGAGAGGAGGUAGCAACACAACUCCACCUAAUGGAGGCUGACGGCGCCCCAGAUUCAAACGUCCAAAAACACAUCAUUGAAACCACAAAAUAUCUCCAUACUGCUCGUCCGUAGUGAUCCAAGUGUCCUGAAGCCUGAAGAGCUACAGGUUACAAUGAGGCUAAAAACAGAGUUCAAAUGAGGUUUUUCCAAACAACUUUUUAUGUCGGGGCUUCAGGACACUUGGAUCACUACGGACCACCCUUUAAAUAAAAUCAAAGGUGUCUCCCGUCUGUCUGAUUCCAGCAUUCGGAUGUUGUUGAUCUGUUUGGAGCGUCUUGUUUGCACAAGUUGGUGUUUUGUUGGUACAGGAUCGCAGCGUCAGUGCCCACCAUGAACACGAGUCA